AUGGCGCCUUGUCGUCAAGGAUCUUCUUCAUGGACUGCCGAGCUCAGUUCUUUUANUGCGGAGAUACGUGGGAGGUACGUAACAACAAGUUUAGUCUACGACGGGAAGCUUUACCUGUUUGGGGAUAAAAAAUUGGUUUACAAACCAAAAGAAAAUAAAUGGGAUGUGGUAGGAUUGGAGAUACCUUUGCGUUGGACUCCCACUGAGUUUGCCUGCGUAGUAGUAGACAAUGUAAUCUACGCUUUUGGAAGACGUAGAGUGAGAGUGGUGUGGUACGACUCAGAGGGAAGACAAUGGAGAUAUGUGAAGGGUUUGGAAAAACUACCAAAAUUACCAAAGCAAUGUCUUUCUGUUAGAUUGGUGGGUUACAGUGGAAAGAUCGUGGUUUUGUGGGAGAAGGAUGUGCGUGGUACUGAGAAGAAGAUGAUUUGGUGUGCUGAGAUUGCGCUUGAAAGGGGUAACAGACGAGAGGUUUAUGGGAAGAUUGAGUGGUGUGACGUUGUGCUUACUGUCCCCAAGUCAUGUUCUUUAUUGCAUUUUAUGACUGUUACUGUUUGA